AUGGACCGCAGCUGGGAGAAGACCGGGCCCUUCGACGAAAGGCCAACAACAGCACAGCGAGCACCAGCGGCUCCAGGUUCAGCAACUGACAGAGACGCGGUGCUGGCCAAGGUGGAGAUGGAGCGGAAGCUGUCGAUGGUGAAGGCGUGGGAGGAGAAUCAGAAGAUCAAGGCCGACAACAGGGCAGAGCAGAGGAUGUCGUCCGUCCGGUCGUGGGAGAACACCAGGAAGGCGGCGGUCGAAGCCAAGCUCCGAACACGGGAGGAGAAGCUGGAGAGGAAGAAGGCGGAGUACGCGGAGAAGAUGCGGAACCGGGUCGCGAUGAUUCACAAGGAGGCGGAGGAGCAGCGGGCCGCUGUGGAGGCGCGGCGGCAGGAGGAGAUGAUCAAGUGCCAGGAGAUGGCCGCCAAGCACCGGUCCAAAGGGACCACGCCCGCCAAGAAGUUCCUCGGCUGUUUCGGGUGAUCAACGACUGAAAUAUAAUCGUAGUGAAAGUUGUGAAGUAGCUUAGGUAAAAGAUGCGCUCUCUCUACUGCUCUUGCUCUGUUCUUUUGGAACAUCGAUCAUAGGCUUUGGUCAAUCAUGGAUAUGUUGUUUUUAGGAGAUGUACUGCUAUGUUUUGUGUAGUGUAAUGCACAUACAUACGUCAUGUAAU